UCAAUUCAAGCCGCAGUCGCCGACCUACAGUUCAAUAUCUACUUUCAUCGAAUGAAGCACACGACCAAACCCGAUUAGAUUUGACCGUGGCUUCCUCUAUCCUUUGAACCUUACGGAAUCAUCACUUUUCCAAGAAAUCCUUCGUCCAAAAUCUACUCCACGUCUUUUCCUGCUCCUAAAGAGAAACCCUGUCGUAUGCAAGAGCGAGAAAACGUAUUCGUUAUCCUCUCCAUUAGGGAAUGCAUGUCAUAGAUUUAGUACACCUCAGUUCAAACAACAACAUCCAUCUUCAUUAACCCAAGCCGAAAUUCGAGGUCAGCAUCGAAUUCGAGAAGGGCUCCUGGUCAAGCUCUAAUGUUCCUACUUUGAUCCUAUACUACCUACCUCGGUUUUCUCGAACAAGCCAACACACAUCUAUUACUCCUUGGGUUUGUUUUUUUAAAGCAGAAAAUCUUUACAUCUUCCAUAUCUAGCUCUUAAUAUUCAUUCAACAACUUCGAUAAAAUAUUAAUUAGUGAUUAUUGCCACUUCUCUUCGGACACCCUCCUACUAAAUCAUACCAUCUCCAAAAACCCAUCUCCUCACAGCCUUCAAGGUUAAAGUCAGCCUUUUUUUCUCCACACUACAUCUUAACCUAUGGUUUCAAGACUUUAGCAACCACCCAAAACUGCACAGCAUUUCAGCAAAAUAUCGACCGCGUAUUUUCGAACCUUUCAAAAGUUCUUUGCCCAGACUCGGAGUCAUCGAAGCACCAUUGCCUCAUUCUAAAUCCUAUGAAGGCAACCGCCACACUCAAAACCAAUAUCAAGAACGUGUCUAGCCUGCAUCCAAAUCCUGCCGUUCGAAGCCUCCAUUUCAUCCCACGAAAUACGUCAAACGUUUUUUAAUAUAUACCAUACACGAUCGGAUGAAAUAGAAACCCGCAAAAGUAGUAUAUCUGGGUUCGAAACUAUACCAAGGAUCCGACCAACGGACUUGAUAUUUACAUUCUUUUGUUCGGGGUAGGCAAACUAGAAGACAUUUGAUUUGGCCCAGCCUUUUCGAGGCGUUUGAAGCUGUUUCCUCGAACCUUUCAAAUUGGUGUGACUGCAUUCAGCAGAUCAGCCAUCAGCCGCCUCGCACCCUACACGAGAUCCGAGCAAUCAAGAGAAAGGCCACACGCAACAGGCCCUUUACCUUUUUAGCUAACUACUGCGUUUCUUCUCCGCCCAGUAGAAGUCACUUAACUUACUCAUAAACCCUAAAAGUGCCUUCCAGACCCCACCAUCAGUAUGUAUUUCACGCUUUACCUUUUUUAAUCAUUCUUAUGUUUAUCACACCUCCUCAUCCUUGCAUCUGAGAAGUCAUUUGUGCCAAUCUAUAUACGGAACUAGGGUGAUCAAAAGCAUAACCUCCACCUCGACCACCACACAAUCUAACCACUAGGCUAUCGUUGUACCCUGGGUAUACCCUCCCUCAUGCGCACAUGCUACUUACUACCUGUUCAUACUACACAUCUUUCUCGACGACAACUUGUCACCGGCACAAUUAUAAUGACGGCAUACUUCUGAUAUACAAAUACUGACAUUACCUCGCAACGAACAGGUUCAUUCAAAAGGUUCGACCAUCCGGGUGGCUGCAUAUCUUCUGGCAAUCGGCAUAUCCUAUCGAACAUCCAAGAAACUUCAAAUUCUUUGUCCUGUACGUGCCUCAACCCAUCCCUCACCAUGAAUGCAACUAAACUAUGAACGCCCCUCGUCAGCCAUCUUGAGAAUAUUUUUUGUCUUCAUCAUUUUGUAAAGUCAUUCAGGCUGAUUGAUUCAUAGAGUUUCCUUUAGUAUCGUUAUCGACUCUCUAAAGUACUUUAUUCUUUUAGUUUCAUGCUCCCGAGACUUUGUUCAAAAGAUUUACGCCUUUGCCCUAGUUAUUUCUAGAGCGCGGGAACUUAAAAUCGCUAGUUAAGAUAUUGGAAAACAAGCGUCGUUGAAAAAGGAUUCAGCUCUGAAACUAUUUCUUCGACUAACCUGUUCUACUCAAGUUCUAUUACUUAAACUCGGCAUCCCAUCAUAAAUCGUUAUAAGUCACUGCGGAUCAAACCCUAAUUUUCCCCAAGAACGGAAGGGAAAAGGAACUACUCUAUCUGAGUGUCCUAGGGUACCAAAGAUUUAUCUAACAGACUACCAUUAUCCACCCAACACUUUGUCACUUGGAGAAUAAUUGGGAACGGCUCCGUUACUUCUAUCGAAAGCAUUUUAAUCGACAAUACUUCAUUCUUUCCAAAUCGUCAUAUAGACACCGCUCAACAUCGCGCAAUUCUCGUUCUUCUUCACGACCUUAACACUUCACGAUAUUUGAAUAUUCCAUGGACCAAAGUUUCUACGAUAUUCAUCAGUAGAACUUCUCGAUUCGUGGAAGUGUUCAUCUACCGUUCUUGUGGAGUCGAUAGUAUUUUUAGCCUUGUUCUUCUCCCACCGCCAAACUGGCCUACUCAACUUACACUUUGUUCGACGUAUGUGUAUCCUUACGACUCUGUUUUUGGAGAUAUCUUUCCCGCUAAUACAAUGCUUUAUUUACAGUCCGAACACCUCUCCUCUGGUCGACCGAUAAUAAUCGACGAGACUUAUCCAUCACCAGAGACUACAGCCUUACACGAAGGAGGGUACGAGGGAGCCCUUGUGCCCCGGGCGGAUUCCCCGACAGAUAUUCUGUCAAUGUCUGCCUACGGGAAACCGCAACCACCGCAGCUUCAUGGUCAGUAUGCUUAAGGGAUACUCCUUUACUCAAAAAUCAUACAAAUCAUUGAAUCACUAACUUCAAAAACAGGCUACGAAACUGGACGAUCAUAUCCUGAGAGCACAUAUCCAUACUCAACGCCUCCAUAUGGAACCCAGUCUUCAAUUCCAACGUCAACGCCUGCCCCAGUUUAUCAAAAUGCCGGACAGAUGACUUCGCUAGGCUAUGCAUCAAGUAACACACGUACUACUUAUGAUGAGCCAGCCGGUCCUUACUUGAAUGUUGGGUCUACGCCAAUACCCGAAGUUACAUCAUUUUCGCCUCAGCGGGGAAGUCAUGGUACUCCAGUCAGCGUCUACAUAACCACAUUGUACGAGCUCUUGACUUCGAACUCGCCGACCUUCUAUCUAGUGUUUGGACAGCAGAAAUGCCAGGCCUCUGUGAGGAAAAUGAACCAGUCUGGAGGAGUGUGCAGUUACGUUGUGGCUUGUGAGGUUCCUCAGUUUGCAUCUACAAAUUGGUCCUCUUCCCGGGUACCAGUCUCGAUGUUCAUGGAAGGUGACGGAGAUGUUAUUUCCAAGGUCGAUGUCGGGGACUUCACAUACGAAAAUGGCCCACAAUCACUUGAGGGAACUAGAAAAAGGAAAAUCUCGACCGAAUCUGCGGAAUUAAUGAGGAGCCCAGCGAAACGUAAUUCCCAACAGCUAAAACCGAAAGAGGAAUUUCCUUACUCAUUUUCAUCGAGCGAUGGCUCGUCCUCAUCAUACUCACCAUACCUUCAAGCAAGUUCUUCCUACAGUAAUUUGAUGCCUCAAUAUAAUCGGUCUUCCAGUGGCUAUACAGCUCAAGCUGCGCCUAGGAACAUGGGUUAUGGGUAUGGAAAUUCAUCAACAGCUUCGCCACCUACUCUCAAAGCACAUUCUCCACAUAUAUCUACCUGGAACUCUGGAUAUUCAACGAUUGGUUCAAGUAUGGCGCGAAGCCCUGGUUUACCAUCAAAUUCAAUACAACGAUCCAAUAUGUCAUCCUUGCCAUCUCCUGGCAACCCAGCUUUGAUAAGAACUUCCACCUUACAAUCAUCAAGUCCGGGUGCUACGCCUCAUGCAGGCCAUACAUACAAUCCUUACCCAAUGUACGCAAACAAAGCAAAAUUGGAAAUCAGCGGGGAUUUGGGUGACAUGAUGGUAAAUAACUGGACCGCAGAAGAAUGGGAAUCCAAGAGGCGGCUGGUCCAAUUCAAGCGAUCACAAUCCGGAUGCACUAUCACGACAACUUUCAACCCUAUUUCAGCUGAUGAACGACCACCUCAAUCUGUUGUAAUCAGCUGCAUAUAUUGGGAAGAGAAAAAUGAUUGUUAUGUCACAAGCGUGGAUACUAUUACUCUAUUGGAAGCGUUAGUGGCAGCAAAGUUCACCGUGGAAGAAAAAAACAGAAUACGGAGAAAUCUAGAAGGUUUCCGACCCGCCACUGUGUCUAAGGGAAAGCCUGACAGCGAGGAGUUCUUUAAAGUCAUCAUGGCGUUUCCCAAUCCUAAGCCUCGUAAUAUUGAAAAGGAUGUCAAAGUCUUUCACUGGAAGGAUUUAGGACCCGCUUUGAAGAAGAUUAUCAGCAAAUAUGUAAGCACACCUUUUGAUUUAUCGAUUCCUUGGUAUGAGUUAAAAUGCUAACAAUGAAUUUUAGUCCGCCAGUCCUUCCUCAACCCUUCCACCCGCACAUGCCCCUGCCCUCCUGACACCCGUCAGCUCCACCGGUUACGCUACGGAAACUUCAUCUGUGGGCUUACCAUACACAAGUGAUCAUCAUGGAGGAAUUUCACCACGAUCAAUAUCAGGAUCAACAACUUCUACAGCUUACAAUCCCAAUAUUCCCGCACAGAGAGCAAUCUCACCACAAAGCCAAAAAUCAGUAAAUUUUCAAGGUGGUCCCCCUGAUCUAAGAGUCGCAGUACCACAUGGCACACAAGAAUCGAGUCAUUGGCCACAAGGAGCUACACAUCACAUGCCUACACCACAACAACAUUAUCAAGCACAACUUGGAAAUGCGGCAGCUGUAGCAAGCGCUAGAGGCUCAUGGGACUUAUCGAAUUAUCUUGAAAAUAGUCCCGCGACUGCCGCCGGCACUUCGGGGCCAGGGGUUGAUUAUCAAGGCCAACAGCAACAUCAGACGCCGAGAAACGUUGUGGAUGCUUCAAUGGCUAGCGGGGGCAGUGGAAGUCGUACUUUAUCUUCUCUUCAGCAUCAACAGCAGAGUCAGCAGAUACCGCGUACGUGAAUCGUGAAUCGAUUACGCGGCCCUAUUGGGUGAACGAUUGAGCUAAUGCAGCAAAAUCAUGAGCUCAUGGCUUCACGUCUGAUAGGAAAUCUGGGAUUCUCUGUGUGAGAGGGUGUCCUGUUUUCUCUACCUUCUGGCGAGCAAUGGAAUUCAUUGGUCAUGGGAUCUUGUUUCUCUUUUAGCAUGGGGUACGAAAGUGGGUUAGUGCGAGAUGAUGAAAGCUCAUUCGGCAGAAGUUAUCUCGUAUUACCCUCACAUGCACAUUCCUGCAUCUAACAUACCUUGCGCACAAAUCCACGCUAAUAACCCUUGCUGCAAAUCAAUUUAUCUUUAAUCGACUUCUCGACCUAUCAAGUUAAUCGUUACGAUCGAAAGGACUAAUACACAUUCUCAAGGUAUUCAAAAACACACUUUAGUUGUUUUUUGUCGUUAUACCUGCUUCUCUAAGCGACCCUGCGUCUCACGAAACACUCUUGUUGAAAAUCCUCUGUUUUAUUCGUCCUCUAGAUGAUACUUGCUCUCGAUGGAUUUAAGCAUACUACCGCGGCCUAUUACGACUUUAAUAUCCACCAGUACUACACUACAUCAAAACACCUCCUAAAUCCUGUUAACGCUACAUCCAUCCUCCACACCCUCUUCAAAUCUAUUCAUCCCACUCUACGCAAUCAUCUUCGUUCUCAAACACAGCCACCGUACCAUUUCAACACACCAUUUUCCGCCACACGCUUAUUUUCCUGUUUCUUACUUUUCUACAUGCAUGACUAUCUAUCUUCAGAUCCCUUAUCUCUCCCUACACGUGUAUCACCUGGUGCACUACGACACUACUACAUCCGAAUUCGAAUAUUUUAUCAACACCUUUUUUAGACCUUAUUGCAUAUCUCUUACUUCGGAUGGG